CACACCGUGUUAGUGCGUGCAUGUGUCCGCCCACUCAGUCCACUCCAGACCCAGCCUCAGCCCUUGGGACCCCAUGUUCUGAACAUCACCAUGUCCACCGGCUCCCUCAGCGACGUGGACGACGAGCUGCUGGACGGCAUCCUCAAGUUCGCCAAGGACUCCACCGAGAGCACGGAGGAGAGCUCCAACGGCGAGGGUCACGGCAGCCGCACGCCGGCCAAGCGGCGCAAGACCGCGUCACGGAAGACCGCGUCACGCAAGAACGCCUCGGAGGAGGGUGCGCCGCGGGGCGGCAAGCAGGUGCAGAGGAACGCGGCGAACGCCCGAGAGAGAGCCCGGAUGCGCGUCCUCUCAAAGGCCUUCUCCCGGUUGAAGACUUCCUUACCCUGGGUGCCUCCCGACACAAAGCUGUCCAAGCUGGACACCCUGCGUCUGGCGUCCAGCUACAUCGCGCACCUGCGUGAGAUCUUGGCUAACGACAAGUACGAGAGCGGCUUCAUCCACCCCGUCAACCUGACGUGGCCCUUCAUGGUUGCAGGCAAACCGGACAACGAGUUAAAGGAAAUGCUCAACUCAACAAGGUUAUGCGGCACUACGGCAUCUUGACCAAGACUCUUUGGAUACCUCUUUUUAUUUUUAUUUUCAUGGAGCAAUUUUACUUUUUUACUAAAAAAAAAACCCCUGACUGAACUCAUCUCCACAGACUUUUGAGUGGGAAUAACGGGUGGAUGGUGCCUGUACUCCUCCCCCUAUUGUUCCUGUAAAGACCAAAUUCUAUUUAAAUGCAUUUUUAAUCACUCAUUUGUCUUUGCUGGUCCAAAGAUAAACUGUGCUUUUGUAAUGUGUACCCUGCAGAAGCAUUUCUAUUUUCCUCUCCGUGUGUCUACAGAUG